GAUUGUCGAUAUCCCGUUGUUAGCUCACUUAUUUCACUCUGUUAUUAGUUGAAAGUUAUCGCACCAAUAAUCAGUAUGACAGUUGUUGAACGAGAUAAUUUAAGUGGUUGUACGCUGAAAGAAAAGCUGGACUUAUACUAUCGUGUUGUAAAAAAUCAAAUUCUCCGCUUUCAACAUCCUAUCAGUGGAUUAUUUCCUCUUAUGCCCAUGAACACUAAAUGUAGAUAUAGUCAUGUACGAGAUUCUGUGUACUGUGCCACAGUUGUAUGGGCUCUACACCAGUGUUUUGCACGGAUCAAUGAUGAUGAAGGACGUCAUUAUGAACUUGGUCAAAGUGCUGUCAAGUGUAUGCGUAGCAUUUUAAUGGGUUGGAUGCAACAAUCUGCGCGGUUGGAAUACUUUAAAAGAGUUCAAAACUUGGAUACUUGUUUGCACUCACGUCUUGAUUAUGAAACUGGUGAACCUAUUUAUGAUGAUCAAUAUAAGAACUUACAAAUGGACUGCAUUGGUCUGUAUGUAAUUCAGCUGGUUCAAAUGAUUCAUUCUGGACUUCAGAUUGUUUACACAAAAGAUGAAGUGGCAUUUGUACAAAAUCUUGUGUUCUAUUUGGAAAGAGCCUACCGUAUCCCAGAUUAUGGAAUGUGGGAACGCGGAACAAAGCAAAAUCGUAAUAUAACUGAAUUACAUGCAAGCUCUAUCUGUAUGGCGAAAGCUGCAUUGGAAUCGGUUGCUGGAUUCAAUAUUUAUGGUUAUGAAGGUGGACAUUCUUCUAUCCUUUUUAUGGAUGCUGACGCCCACAGUCGUAAUAGAAUAAUUAUGACAAAUUUGUUACCUAGAGAAUCUGCAUCAAAGGGUACUGACGCUUCACUUAUUCCUGCAUUGUGUUGGCCAGCUUAUGGUACAUGUUCAACUAGUACGCGAUUGCCAGCUCUGGAACGCUGUUUAGAACGUUUAAAAGGUGUUUACGGCUUCAAACGGUUUACCCGAGAUGGAUAUGCUACUGUUUUAGAUACAAAUAGCGAAUAUCAACCGGGAGAAUUGAUGAAAUUUGUUGGAAUCGAAAGUGAAUGGCCAAUGUUUUUUGCAUACAUGAUUAUCGAAAAUUGUUUAAAUGGUGAUCGAGAGAAAGCAGUAGAAUAUGAUCAAUUAAUGCAACCACUUCUUGUUCAUCCUAUAUCGGAAUCAUAUCCCUGGCUUCCAAAGUUUUAUUUUGUUCCUACUGAAGAAUUGGAAAAAGAACGUCGUUGCCGUGGUUCAGCGAUUCGUAAAAGCAGUUUCCGUUUAGUCGGUGAAUCUCGUUUCCUUUGGGGGCAAUCAAUCUAUAUUAUAUCUCAGUUACUUAUUUCUGGAUGUCUUCUACCAAGUGAUUUAGAUCCAAUCGGUCGAAGACCAUCACAUCGUUUCUCUGGAAUGUCAUCUACAUUAGGUAACGAACUUUUAUUUUCCGGGAAAUCGAUGAAUGUGACAAUUCAAGUAGUUCUUAUCUCUGAAUCUGUUCGUUUACAACAAGUUUUGGCAACUUAUGGUAUUAUCACUCAAACACCUGUACAAGUUGAACCUAUUCAAAUUUGGUCUCCAGAUCAGCUUGUUCGUGUUGGCAAAUUUAUGGGUUGCAGUGAACGUCUAGGUUUAUCUGGUCGUCCUCCUCGACCUUAUGGGCAAUUAGGUACCAGUAAAUUUUAUAGAAUAUCUGGUUUAACUGUUCUUUGUUAUCCAAUAUUAUUUGAAUCUCAAGAGUUUUAUCUACUUCAUGAUAUGCAAGUGGUUAUUGAUGAAGCUAAGACAGAUUUUCUAUUUUUGUCUAAUUGGUGGAGAUUGCGUGGACGUCCCACAUUUUGUUUUCUGAUGCGUGAAGAUAUGGUAAAGGUUCCAGGCUUCGAUAAGUUGCUUCGUUUCCUUGUCAGCAUGAAAAAUGGGACUGUUCAGGAAGCCCAUGUUGUUUUGGGACGUGCACAGAAAUUUGUUGCAAGUGGAUUUGUAGAACAUUUAGACUUUUUGCCAUAUUGGACUGCUAAAGGUGAAUAUUUUCGUAGAUUACAUCAAUUAGAUACUGGACGUUCAUAUCAAAGUUUAGAUAAUUUACCUAAAGCAGUGAAUAUACCGUCGAAAUCUUUAAAUCGGUUUCAAUCACAUAUGUCCGAUGAGGAAAUUAUUCAAAGUAUUCAUGCUAUAGAUAGAAAACUUUUACAAAAACUAACUGAUCAACAAGUAAUUGAACAAGCUAUUAAACCAGGUGAUAGUCCAUUAAAUUUAGCUUAUCGAAUUGCUGCAUUACAUGAAUUAUUAAAUCGACAUGGUUUGGAUCAUGGUUUCUCAACUGAUCAGCAUUUUCUCAUUGUACGUGAUUGCCUCACAGAAUUGUCACGAAAAGCCGGUAUUCAACAGGCAUGGUGUGUAGUACGUUUAUCUGCUGCUUUAUUAUCUCAAUUCGCCAGUAGUUUAGCUCCGUCAUUGUCAACUAUUCUCGUUUGUGGCAAACAGCUUACUGUUGGCAUUCCCCAAAGCUCAGAAGUUGUUGUCAACAAACCUUUAAAUCCAGAUGAAUUACAUGCUUUAUUACGUGAAGAAGUUUAUUCAUAUGAUCCGGUACAGUUUUCCUUACAACAAGAACUUAUCCUAUCUGUUAGUAGUUUAUUGACUACAAAUAAAGAGUUGUUUGAUGGAAUCAAAUUUAUACGCUUUGGUUGGUUAUUGGAGGCAAUGAAAUUGAAACUUGAACUAGAAAUAUGUUUAGGUGUUGGUGAAGAUUCUUAUCAUCAUAAUCAACAACAACAACAUCACGAUGGUGAAUUUUGCAAAUCUAGAUCCAUUUAUGAAUCUGUAUUAAAAUCAUUGACAAAUUUAGAAAUACAUCCACGUAGUUUAGGUGCAUGUCAUUUGUAUAGUUUGCCUCCAUGUCAAGUUAAAAAUUUAUUAUUACGUACAUUGAAGGCUGGUCAAGAAGGAAAAACUCAAUAUUCAGUUGAUAAUUCUGUAGAUUCCACAACAUUUACCCCUACUACAACUGGUUGUACUACUACACCUACUACUAAACCGACCGCAAAUAGUACUCGAGAAUUAUCAGUCAUCACUGAAUGCGGACCAACAAAAGAUGUUUCGGAAUAUAUUCAUCGGGCUCGUCGUACUCGUUUGCGUCGCAAUAUUCAUCAUGAUAAACGUUCUCGUAAUUCAAGUGUAUUUUCGUCUGCAGAACUUUUAGAUAUACCAAAAGCAUUGUUUCAACGUCAAUUGGAUGGGUGUUUAGGCGUAGUACCUUCAACAUUUUAUCAAGGUGUUUAUUUUAUUCUUGAACGAUCUCCUCAUGGUAUAUUGAUUUACGGUAAACUUCUUCCACAGAAACCUAUUUUAACUGAUAUGACGCCGUAUGAUCUCAACUUUGUUGAUGAAGUUGAAUGUCUUCUAAGAGCAAUAUGUGAUCCUGCUUAUCGCUCAUUGGUUGUUGAGACAAUGAUGGUCAUCGCAGUUAUAUUACAAAGAAACACUGAAUUAUCAUUUGAUGAGGUAGUCGAUAUUAAACUCAUUAUUAUGGAUGCGAUAAACGCUUUUAAGCGUGAUCGUCAUACUAACAUGUCUACUGAUAACGUCCUUCCCCAUUUAGAGAGACGUUUGUCAUGGUCUGAACCAGAUAUGCUGUCUUCCUUGGAACUACCCAUUUAUCUGGAGUUUGCGUCAACUCCGGCGAAUGCCACCAUGGGAACUACUUCUUAUAUCGCGAAGUCCGUGCUUGAUAGACUAUUAAAGGGACAUAUGGAUCUUACUAACGUUACUAAAGAUGCUUGUUGUGCAAUGUGAUUUAUUGUAUGAAUUCUAAGAGGAAAUUAAUUUUAUGGUAUGUUUAUAGCAUUUUACUUCAUGUAAGUCAUCAUAGAUCUCCCCUUACCAGGUAUUUGUAAAACAUCCUUUUAGUAUUUCAACAACCUUAUAGUGUGACCGUUAUUAGCGUUAUUAUUUUCAUUUUUUCUGCUUAUUCCUCUCCUCAGUUACUUACAUGUUUUAUAGUAAUACCUUACGAAUUGUCAUGAUUUCACCUAUAAAUUACAUUUCAUCGGAUG